AUGGAUAUUGCAGCAAACAAUGCGGAAGAAAAAGCUGUCCAUUCCUGGUCAAGAAUUUCCUCUGCGGGACAGAAAGUGCUGGAGGAAGCCCUCCGAGUCUUCAACCCAAUGUCCAAGGACCUUUCGGACACCGAGACCCAGCUGGUGGCUUUCAUUCAGGGCCUGAAGGAGGAGGGCUACCAGCCCACGAUUCUGAGGAGCAAGGAUGUGUACGGGUACAGCUCAUGCACGGCAGACACGCCUUGUCAGACAACAGAGAGCACCCCGCACGACUGCCCUACCGCCGCCAAGUGCACGCAGAGCCCGAUGCGAAGCGCCGCAGCCGCGGUGAAGGUGUCCGCUUUGCCAACCGGAGUUCUGGUGAACUCUUCGAAAGUCUCUGCUCAGCCCAUCUGCAAAGGGGAUUCCACAAAUCUCCUCUUGAGCUCUUUAAAGCAAACAAGAUCCGGCACGUCCAAGGCAGCUGCAGUGGGCUUCCCUGCAAGCAUGUAUCCCGAUGUGUAUCCAGCCAUGAGACUGUCGGUGGUUCUGGAAGCUCUGGUGCCGCUGAAAACUACUGCAUCCUGUUUAGAGUCCAAGUGCACACGAGGGCGUCUUGGGAUCUCGCCCUCGGGCCUUAAACUCCUCAAGGCUUCGAGUCUGCCGAGGCAGUUUUCUUCAGGCAAGAGCACUAGAAUAACAGAAGGUAAGAGGUACAAGCGUUUGAUAAAGAAAACACCAGAUUCUGCCACCCUCACUUUAAAUCUUCUGAAGGGACCAAAGGGUGGAGUACUCCAGGAGAGCAAUGCUUGCAAAGCCUCGGGAGUCCUCAACGGGAGGGUCACAGGCGGCUCCUCCCAGGGCUGCACCGCAGCUCCACAGUCUAAGACCCUGAGAAUCAAAGAUAAGGAAGCUCUGGUGGGGAAAACAGAGUGGAAGGACAGCAGCACUUACCGGGAGGGCGUUGGGCAGAAAAAGAGAAGAGCUACAGAGGCAAGAGAAGCACCACAGAGGAAGAAGGCAAAUACCAUUCCUGUCCGAAAUAAAUCUCGACAGGCUCAGAGCACUUUGAACCUGCUGAAAUUCUGGGCCAUCAAGGUGGGCAGCUCUUCCUCUGACGAUGAAGUGAGGAGGAGAGCACAGAAGAUUCUGAGGGUCAACCUGUCCCCUGUGAUCCGAAUUCAGGCCUUGUCCCGCUCUCACAGCGUCUCCUGA